AUGGGCGGAUCAAUUUUUGCAGGAUAUAUUGCAAGUGUACUAGAUGCAAGCAGCCGGAAAUUAGGGUGUAAUACUAAGAACGGGGAGUCAAAUGGAAUAUGUGAUAUAAUAACCGCUGAGUCAAAUCGGAAAAUAGAGGGAUUAUUGACCUAUCCGAAGCAGGAUGACGAGGAAUUCGCCAGUAAUGCAGAGCGCGUGUAUAAAUCGACGAGGGGUAUCUGUCAAGGGUUGGAAGCAUGGUUUACCACCAAAGAAAUAAACAGGAAGCACUCGCCGCCUCAUCUUACAGGUAAGUGUAACUAUGAAGAAUACAAGAAUACGGCCCAAUCCUCAGGAGGGAACAACUGCCAACCUAGGGCAGACCUAUUGAAUUGGGGAGCCGCACAAUUCGAAACCGAACUAAGCAGGAAUUAUAAGGAAAUGAGGGGUCUAGCGAUCUGUAUGAAUAUCGUGACAAUAAUAUUAAUUAGCUUUGGAUUAACCGAUACCUCCAAGAACGUGAAUCUGGAGAAGGCGAAACAGGGAAACUAUUGUGAAAAAACAUAUGUUAGAUUGAAAAACUGGACAAAUGACCUAAUAGCGAAAGAAUUAAUGAAUCAGUGGUUCACUGUUCAGGGCAUGCCCCGAGAUAUAAGGAAAGAAUACGAAAUAAGUGGUCAGGAUUUAUUUGAAGCGGUAUCCAUAGCAAAUCUAUCAAGGGGUACUCCAGAAAAGGGGUUGAAUUGCAAGUAUGUGGGCGGACAGCAAACCCCACAUGGGGAAGUGACCAAGGUUUUUAUGACGGUUGACUCACAGGAUACGACCCAGGAGGGGAGCAUUAAUAAUGGGGAAGCGGACAGGGGUACAGACCUUGCCACCUCCCACACAGCGGGGAGGCCGGCGGGGGAUUCUGAAGCAAAGCAUACAGUGCACGGGGACAACUCGUUAUCCCCUUCAUACGGGGCAACGGACUCCUCCUCCAGGGAAAAUGUUGAUCAAGGCUCUGGGGCGUCAUUCUGGCCUAUCAUUAGUGGCAGUCUUAUUUCCCUCGUAAUGGGGGCUCUAGGUAUAUAUGGUAUAUUGAGAAUAUAUAGGGGGAGGGGGAGUUAUAGGGGUGGAAGAGAAAUGUAUGCCCGCCGAAGGAGAGGCCUACUCUAUGGUGUCAAACACGGAUAA